AUGAAGCUUCUCAGUCUCAACUUCUUGACUUGCGCGGCCAAGGCCUGCAAGGUCUCGGCGGCCUCGUUUCCCCUCCACCCCAAGGACGCAGAGCUGGUGGAAGACGACAUCGAGGUCAACCCCCAGCUGCUACUCAACGUCCUGCCCCGCUUAGACUGGGCCGCGCUGCGAACGAAUGCGACCGAGCUGGGCUUCCCCGAACUUCCUGCUGAGCCCCCCUCAGCUGAGCAGCUCCAGGGCGACGAGAAGAUGCUCAAGGACCUGCACCACCUGCUCAUGGAGACGCAGAUCAUGGAGGGCAAGCUGGUCUGCGGCAACUGUGGGCACGAGUACGCCAUCCGCGAAGGUAUCGCCAACUUCUUGUUGCCUAGCCACCUUGUCUAA